AUGGCUUCAAAUCCACCAGGUCAAUGCUGUACUGAAGGUACUUUCCACGAAGGUAAACCAGUUGGAGCUUUCAAAGAAAUUUUCGGUUUGGACACUUACACAGUCGGUGAGGAAUCAUCAGACAAGAUCAUUGUCAUUGUGACUGAUAUUUUUGGUAACCACUUCAACAAUACUUUGCUUAUUGCUGAUACUAUUGCCAAAAGUGGCUACAAGGUCUUGAUUCCAGAUAUCUUGAAGGGAGAUCCGGUUAAAGAAGGUGAUGAUCUCCAAGCUUGGUUGAAGAAGCAUACCUUGGAAAUCACUGAGCCAAUUGUUGAUGGCUUCUUGAGCAAGGUCAAAUCCGAACUCAAGCCAAAAUUUUUGGGUUCCAUUGGAUACUGUUUUGGUGCCAAAUAUGUGGUCAGAAACUUGACCGGAUCAGGACCUUUGGAUGCUGGUGCCGUCGCCCAUCCUUCGUUUGUUGCCAUUGAAGAAGUCAAGGCAAUCAAGAAGCCACUCAUUAUCUCCGCUGCUGAAACCGAUCAAAUUUUCACUCCAGAAUUGAGAAGGGAAACUGUGGAUGCAUUGUCUAAGUUGGAUGGUGUCAGAUACGAAAUCACUUUGUUCUCCGGUACAACCCAUGGUUUUGCUGUUAGAGGUGAUACCUCAGAUCCAAUUGUCAAAUACGCCAAGGAAAAGGCGUUGAAUGACGCAUUGUAUUUUUUCUGGAGUGUUGGAAAAAUUGGCUCAAAGUAA